GAAUUUAUUUUUGGCUGCUGCAGGGCUCGGGCUACGUAGAGAGGGGGGAAAGUGCUCCUGACAAUUUCAAGAGAACCCUGCACUCCUUGUGGCUUGUUUAGUCCCUGAUCCCUAAGCCAGUCCCACCCUGAGCAGCUUUCUCCCUACUCUGUGUUUUGUUUAGCCAGUGCAAUGACUGUAGGGAACAUGGAGAGUGCUGAACUGUUUGAUGCUGGGAAGAAAGGUCGAGGCCUAAGGGCCACCAAAGAGCUCAAUGCUGGGGAAGUGGUCUUCGCCGAGGCCAGUUUCUCCGCUGUGGUCUUCGACAGUUUGGCCACUCAAGUGUGCCACAGCUGUUUCCGCCACCAGGCCAAUCUGCAUCGCUGUGCCCAGUGUAAGUUCGCCCAUUACUGCGACCGCACCUGCCAGACCGCAUGCUGGGAUGAACACAAGCAGGAAUGUAAAGCCAUUAAGAAGAUCAGCAAGGUCCCCAGCGAGAAUGUUCGCCUGGCUGCCCGUGUGCUGUGGCGUAUGAGCAAGGACACGGGCAUUGUGUCAGACAGCCAGCUGAUCUCAGUGGACCAGCUGCAGGACCACGUGGCUGACCUCCCCGAAGAAGACCUCAAGCAGCUCAAGACUGACGUGCACACCUUCCUGGAAUACUGGUCUUAUGGAAGACAGCAGCACUCAGCCGACUACAUCUCACACAUCUUUGGCAUUAUCAAAUGUAAUGGAUUCACACUGAGUGACCAGAGAGGCCUGCAGGCUGUUGGUGUGGGACUUUUCCCCAACCUUUGUCUGGUCAACCAUGACUGUUGGCCCAACUGCACCGUCAUCCUCAACCACGGCAACCAGGCAGCGUUGAGCUCCGCGCUCCACUCUCAGAGGAGGAUCGAGCUGCGAGCUUUGGGCAAAAUCUCAGAGGGUCAGGAGCUGACCGUCAGCUACGUGGACUUCCUCAACCUGUCAGCUGACCGCCAGAGGAAGCUGAAGGAGCGUUUCCACUUUGAGUGCACCUGCGAACACUGCAGCCAGCACAUCAAGGACGACCUGAUGAUGGCGGCUGCAGAGGGCGAGGGGAACAAACCCUCUGCUGAUCAGGUGAAAGAGGCGACUGCCUUCAGUAAAGACUGUCUGGAGAAGAUUGAGAGGUCCCGUAUUGAGAAGGAUUACCACCAGGUGGUGAAGUUGUGCUGUGAGUGUCUGGAGAAGCAGGGGAACGUCUUGGCUGACACUCACCUGUAUAAGCUGCGUGUGCUCAGCGUUGCCAGUGAGGUGCUGUCAUACCUGCAGUCCUUCCCCGACGCGGCCGACUGCGCCCGCAGGAUGGUGGAGGGAUACACGAAGCUGUACCACCCCAGCAAUGCCCAGUUGGGAAUGGCCAUUAUGCGGGCAGGCGUCAUCCACUGGCAUGCAGGGCAGAUCGAGAUGGGUCACAGCCUGAUCUGCAAGGCCUACGCCAUCCUCCUGAUCACCCAUGGACCCAACCACGCCAUCACCAGAGACCUGGAGUCCAUGCGCAUGCAGACUGAGAUGGAGCUGAAGAUGUUCAAGAAGAAUGAGUACGAGUACCACACCAUGAGGGAGGCUGCUCUGAAGAACCAGCCCAUGGUCGGCAGCUCCUAAGCUGAUGAAAAGAUCCCCCUCCUCCCUCCCCAGUCCCCCAGUCCACCAGUCCCCGUGCUGCGUCUCUGAAUCGCCAGUAUGUCUGAUGAUACCUGUUCUCUUCAAAUCAACACGCAACAUUUGCAUGUAGAUUAUCUAC